CGUGGGAUCCAUAUAACGGCUUUUUGCACAAUAUACAAUGGAGUUGGUAGUACGAAAAAAAAUCUACACAUAAAACUUACUCCUUAUGUUACAAGAACAGGACAAGUGAUCGACCCGGACAAAUGAUUAGAUCACGGAUCAGCUCAGACCCGACGGAUCAAAGAGAAGAAGAUAAAGCAAGAGUCUUGAUGGAGGGCGCAUAUGAAGUUAUGGGCAGGUCACUUAUACUUACGGGAGGGUUUUACUUUUGAUGAUGCGGAGUUCCUGAAGGUUCCUAUCUGGCUUAAACUACCAAGUCUACCCAUGGACUGCUGGGAUGAAGAAGUUAUCAACAUGAUUGCUUCCAGAGUAGGGGUACCUAUAUUCACUGAUGGAAUCGCAAACGAAAAGUCUAGGCUAAAUUUUACUAGGAUGUUGGUGGAGGUUGAUGUGGCAAUGCCUCCUCCUCUAUUUGUUGACAUCAAACUGCCACUGGGAGGAUUAGAAGACAAUUUGUGUUAUAUGAGACGUUCCCUAACUACUCUUUUCAUUGCAAAUGUUAUGGACACCAUCCUUUUACAUGCAAGAUCCUACAUAAGCCGGAAAGGGAGAGGGAGAUCGGUGCGGACCAUGUGGUUUCUAGCGUCCAAAUUAUGCAUCCCAUAGAGCAUGAUAAUGUACUCAAGGGGAUUAGGGAAGAAGAGACAACAAAAAGCAUAAAUGAGGCUAUCAUUAGUGUGGAGGCACAGAAAGAAAAGGGCCAAGGAAAGAUGAUUGAAAAUGUUUCCGGAGAACAGGUAAAUGGGGGGGGGGCAAAAAGUGACACUGACGGGACAUCAACCAUGAAACCAAUCUCUUUGGCGAAGAAAGUAGAUAAUAAAAAAGUCCACAAUGAGGGAGGUAAAAGAGAAACUAGACAAAAUCAAGGGGGGAGAGGUACAGUCACAAAAGUUCAAAAUCCCAUUGCAAGUGACAGUGGAUUAGGAGUUGGAGACAAAGAAAAAAAAAAUUAGAAGAGAAAAGUGUGAAAUGUGAUGAGGUUGGGGGUGGAGUUGUCACCAACUCUUCACUUUUGAAAUGAAGUUACUCUCAUUGAAUGUAAGGGGUCUUUACAAGGCUACUAAACAGGAUAACAUUGUACAUUAUAUUAGAAAAUAUAGCAUUUCUUUUUGUUCCCUAUUGGAGACCGAAUUUGGAGAUGAGGUGCGAUUCAAAAAAGUUGUGGACAACAAAUUGGGUGGGUGGAACUCGGGAAGUAAUCUUAGCAAGAUUAGAGGUGGGAGAAUAAAUUUGGUUUGGGAUCCAUUGAAAGUUGAAUGUGAGAUAAUGGAAAUUGAGCCUCAGUUUAUGCAUUGUAAGUUAAAGUGUACGAUAUCCCAGAUUCCUUGCUUUGUUACACUGAUGUAUGCCCUUUAUACGGUGGUGGAUAGAAGGAAGCUUUGGGAUCAACUAACUCUCAUUGGUCAGGGUAUUAACAUGUAGUGGAUCAUUAUGGGGGACUUUUAUUGUAUGUGCAGUCCAGGAGAGAGAUUUGGAAGUGAAGAACCUAUGGCAUACCUUAUGAAUGACCUCGUGGCGUGCAGGAACUUGCUGGAUUUGGAAGAUGCUCCAGAAAGUGGGGAAGAGCAAAAUCUACUAUGUCAAAAGCUUGAUAGAGUAUUGGUAGAGCUUGAUAGAGUAUUGCUCCAGCAAGAUGCUAUAGCAAGUUUGGAAGAUGGGCCAAGCUUGACAGAGUAUUGGUCAAUAAUGCUUGGAAAGAGCAAAAUCUACUAUGUCAUGCUGAGUUUCUUGGGUUUGACUAAUCCUUUGACCACUGCCCCAUUGUGGUAAACCUAAUAUAAAAUGAAACAGGAGAUUGUAAACCGUUUAGGUUUUACAAUAUGUGGAUGAAAUAUCCACUAUUCAAUGAUAUCUUGAAGCAGGUGUGGGAUAGACAUGAAAUAUCCACUAUUCAAUGAUAUGACUACUGGCAACAUGUACUUUGUCAAAACUAACAAGGUUAAAAGGGCCACUAAAGGAAAUGAAAAAGACUGAGUUUUCUCAUAUUUCGACUAAAGCUAGAAUAAUUAAGGAGAAGUUUAUGGAUGCUCAUAAAAUGCUGGCUAGUGACCCUACAAAUUCCCAACUAAGUGAAGUUGUUGAUUUGGCUAGGAAGGCGGCUGAAUUUUUUCUCCGAAGCUGAAAAAGUGUUUCUCCCAGCAAAAGGUCAAAGCCACUCAUCAGGUGGAAGUUGAUAAAAGCACGAAAUACUUUUAUGCUUUAUCGAAGAAGAAAGCGGCCAAGAACUCAAUAUCCUUUAUUACUAAGGCAAUGGUAUGAGUACCAAUUCUUCAAAAGAAGUUGCUAUUGAAUUUGUUAAUUUCAUUCAGGAGCUGUUGGGUACCUCUAGUGAUUGUAUGCCUUUAAAUGUUUAUGUUAUUAAAGGAGGAAAAGUUAUCAAAGUUGACAAGUUAAUCUUCUAGUCUCCCGAGUACUAGACUAGGAUAUAAAGGAGGCACUAUUCAGUAUUGGAGAUGAUAAAGCCUCGGGACCAGAUGGUUUCUCUGCUGGAUGUUUUUAACAUUACUGGGGUGUAGUUGGGAUAGAUGUGACUAGAGGCAUUUUGUAGUCUGGAGGGAUGUCUUUCAUCCCAUAUAAAACCUACGGAGUAAUUUACAUAGAUUUGAUGUGCUAGGAGUACGUUUUCAUUAGAUUCACAUGUCAUUAAUAGAAUAAAUUGUUAUUGAUUUUAGCAGCUAGCUAUAAUAUUACACGUGUGCAGUCCUUUUGGCAUGUCGUGCUACUAAUGCAAAGAAGAUUAGAAACUGUCAAAUUUUAACAAAAUCCAAUUUGUAGAACAAAUAAAACAACUCACACACACACAAUAACAUCUGUACUUCUUAGAUAUUUAAUAACUUGACUUAGCUAGAUUUGUCAAACGACAAUGUUUUGACCUUGAAGCUGUUUCCUAAAGCAAAUUAAAUACAUAUCAACGAGCUUUCUUUUGUUGAAACAAAUAGUAUAGGGUGUGGUAAGAAGUUAUAGACCUUGUGACUUAAAAC